AUGCAAAACUAUUUGAAGAAGAAAGAACAGAAAGCUCAACGGGAGAAAGAUCUUCGUGAAGGGCUUCAGUUUUCCAAGAAUGGUAAAUAUGAGGAAGCAUUGGAGAGGUUUGAGUCUGUGUUAGGAUCUAAACCAACAACUGAUGAAGCCUCAGUUGCGAGUUACAAUGUUGCUUGUUGCUACUCAAAGCUUAAUCAGGUUAAAGCUGGUCUCUCGGCUCUGGAAGAAGCAUUGAAGUCAGGAUAUGAAGAUUUCAAGAGAAUCCGAAGCGAUCCAGACCUUGAAAAUCUCAGGAAGUCUGAGGAUUUCGAUCCACUCAUGAUGCAAUUUGAUGAAUCUUUAACAACGAGAGUGCCAUUAACGCCAUCAAAUCCUUGUUUGGCUUUAACAAGAAAUAGUCCUCUUAAAGUUUUAUGUCAGUUGAUGUGA